AUGCGUGAAUACGAGGAACUUGGUCACAUGGAAAAGGUUCCAAAUGAUCAAUUACAUAAUCCAAAUACAUAUUACAUACCACAUCAUUCGGUCUUCAAGGGAACAAAAAUUCGGGUAGUUUUUGAUGGUAGCAUGAAGUCCGACAACGGUUUGGCCUUAAAUCAAAAUUUACUUGCGGGUCCAGUUAUUCAGCAGGACAUUUUCGACAUAACACUUAGGUUCAGAACAUUUCAAUACGUUAUCAACGCUGACAUUGCUAAAAUGUAUCGGCAAAUUUAUUUAAAUACACCCGAUCGCGAUUACCACCGAAUAUUUUGGCGUGAAAACAGGGAAGAUCCCAUGCAAGUCUACCGUUUGACAACAGUCACAUAUGGGACCACCAGUGCCCCAUUUUUAGCAAUACGAUCACUUCAACAAUUAGCACACGAAAACCGGGAGUCAUUUCCAAAUGCAAGUGCCAAAAUCAUUCGAGAUUUUUAUGUUGGUGACUUACUAUCAGGUGCUGAUUCCCUGCCACAAGCCAUGGAAUUACAAUCACAAAUUGACAACAUUUUACGCUCAGGAGGUUUUCAUUUAACAAAAUGGGCAUUUAAUGACAUAAAUUUAAUACCUGAAGUUGAUCGCAUCUUUACCGACAAUUUUAAUUUCGACAAGCAUGACACAAAUAAAACACUAGGUUUAUAUUGGAAUUUUAGUCAAGAUACAUUAGGGUAUAAAUUCAAUAUUAACACCAACACAUCUUCUACAAACAUAACAAAAAAACACAUUUUGUCAACCAUCUCAAAGGUGUUUGACCCCUUGGGUCUAAUAAGUCCCAUUGUAGUAAAGGCAAAAUUGCUAUUACAACAAUGUUGGUCGGCAAAUUUAAGCUUGGAUCAGAGGGUUGCCCAAAACAUUCAUGGUGAAUGGCUAAAUCUCAUUCACGAUUUAACACAUCUGGAUAAAAUUCGUAUCAGUCGCAAAACAAUACCUCCAAACGUCACUAAUAUAGAGUUACAUGGAUUUUCGGACACUUCCGAAAAGGCUUACGGUGCAGCUAUCUAUUUACGAACUGUCGGCAUUGACGGAAAUGUUCAAAUUUAA